CCCCCCGCGCUUGGACAGCACCACGGUUACCGUGCGCCUGACCGACCACCGACGAGAAGCCACAGCAGCGAGAGAGCGAGGCCGUUUCUUGGCCAGAGGAGGAGGAGAGGAGGGAAAUUAAGGCCAAGAUGUCGUGGCAGACUUACGUCGACGAGCACCUGAUGUGCGACAUCGAGGGUCACCACCUCGUCAGUGCCGCCAUCCUCGGCCACGACGGCACCGUCUGGGCCCAGAGCGCCGACUUCCCGUCGUUCAAGCCAGAGGAAAUGACCAACAUCAUGAAGGAUUUCGACGAGCCGGGGACCCUUGCCCCCACCGGGCUGUUUCUCGCGUCAGCCAAGUACAUGGUCAUCCAAGGUGAACCCGGCGCUGUCAUCCGCGGCAAGAAGGGAUCGGGGGGCAUCACCUUGAAGAAGACCGGGCAGGCGCUGGUGGUCGGCAUCUACGACGAGCCAAUGACACCCGGGCAGUGCAACAUGGUGGUCGAGAGGCUCGGCGACUACCUCGUAGAGCAAGGCAUGUAGAUGAUCACCGCGGUCAGCAACGAAACCAAACAAACCAACGACAGAGCCAACAACGCACAGUAGAUCUCGAUCCACGCUAUUUUAGCCACCGCGCAUGGGAUUGUGGUUCAGUUUCUUUCUCAUCCUCUUCCUUCUCAGUCUGUCCUGGCACGUACGUCGCCGAUUACACCUCUUGAUCCGUGAUAUUUUUCCUUUUGUUUUCUGAAGCCGUUCCAGCUAAUAACUUUCCUGUUUUAUGUUACCGGUUUGGUCAUUUGGGUUGCCGUUUGAGUUGUGGAUCCGCCGGAACAAUAUAUAUGUGAUUGUCAUCGUUUCUUUGUAAUACGAGAAAGUAUAUAUGUAUUUUGAUCGUCAUGUCCUCCAGCUCGAAACAAUACCGUUCCAAUGUUCUUGUA